AUGUCUUUCCAGAACUUUGAGCCUUUCCAGAACCAGCACCCUGCCGCUGAUGUCGCGGCAGCUACGCCUGUGGCUGCCGCAACGGCGGACACAACCAUGACCGGCCAGGCUGAUCCUACCACCGCCGCAUUCCAGGGCUCUGCUCCCGGUGAGCCUACCGCUGCGGUUCCCCAGCAGGCCAACGAAGGGAAGACCACCCUCUGGAUGGGUGAACUUGAACCUUGGAUCGACGAGAACUUCAUCCGCAAUCUCUGGUUCCAGAUGGGCGAACAGGUCAACGUCAAGAUGAUCCGUGACAAGUUCUCUGGGAGCAACGCCGGAUACUGCUUCGUCGACUUCACCUCCCCAGCGGCCGCUGCAAAGGCGUUGUCUUUGAACGGCACUCCCAUGCCCAAUACCAACCGCGUCUUCAAGCUCAACUGGGCCACUGGUGGAGGUCUUGCCGAUCGAAGCCGUGAUGACCGUGGUCCUGAGUAUUCGAUCUUUGUUGGCGACCUGGGCCCUGAGGUCAAUGAAUACGUUCUAGUUUCCCUCUUCCAGAAUCGGUUCCCGUCUUGCAAGUCCGCCAAAAUCAUGACGGACCCCAUUAGUGGAAUGUCGCGCGGUUACGGCUUUGUCCGCUUCUCCGACGAGACCGACCAGCAGCGUGCUCUGACCGAGAUGCAAGGUGUCUACUGCGGUAACCGGCCCAUGCGCAUCUCUACGGCGACUCCCAAGAACAAGGGCCCGGCUGCUGCUCUCGGUGCCAUGGGUAUGCCCGGUCCAGCAGGCAUGUAUCCUCCGAUGGGUGCUCCUCCCAUGGGGUUCUACGGUGCACCGCAGCAACCCAUGAAUCAGUUCACUGAUCCCAACAAUACCACUGUGUUCGUUGGUGGCCUGUCUGGCUAUGUCACCGAGGAUGAGCUUCGCUCUUUCUUCCAGGGCUUUGGCGAGAUUACCUACGUCAAAAUCCCUCCUGGCAAGGGCUGUGGCUUCGUUCAGUUUGUUCAGCGCCACGCUGCCGAAAUGGCCAUCAACCAGAUGCAGGGAUACCCCAUUGGAAACUCCCGUGUGCGCCUGAGCUGGGGUCGGUCACAAAACAACUCCGGCCCUGCCGGUAGCCCAUACCGCCCUGCUCCUCCGCCUCCCCCAAUGUACCCGUCUAUGGGCAUUCCCCCGGCACACCAGUAUGGUGGUUUUGCACCCAUGAAGUAA